CCAACAAAGGAAAAAACGAGCGAAGUUGCAUUGACGCAUUCACAAUAACAACAAUACCAACCACGAUAAUGCAAAUGGAACUAACGGGAAGUGUAACAAGCUUCUUCUGAAAACAGAGAAAACCGUUUUCCCACUCUGCAUUCAUUCGCUUCCUUUCCAUUUCCUUCUCCUUGCCCACUUCUGCGCGGAACCCCUUUUUUUGGCCCGACCCGACCCGAAGUUUCGCCACCGGAACGACGAUGACGACGGCGACUCUCGGCCCGAAGGAGCGGCGGGCUUUUGGGCUCUGGUGCUGCGUUGUGUGCCUCGCGAUCUGCGCUAGGGUUUGCAGCGCGGCCAGAUCGGACAAGGAAACGCGCGAGAGGUUCUACGGAAACAUAGCCAAUUUGACGUCGCCCGAAUCCAACAACACCUUGGCCAAGAUGUUCGAUCGCGUUCUCGAGAAGGAGUUUUCUGAGAAUGACCAACCAGAAGAAUCUGACAAAAGCAGCUUCAAUAGCAGUGUAGCAGAUCAGCAGGCUGUAUUGGAGACUGUAGCUAAAAUUACUCACGAGAAAUCAAAGAGAAAUGAUACACAUGAGGGAAAUGCUACGAGAGCAUUUCAGUUUCAGGAUGUGUUCUCACUGGAAAAUGAAGAUUCCGAUGAUGUGACAACUUUGAUUGAUAAAAAGGACAAUGUGUUCGUUAUGUCUAACAAGAAAUCCAAAUAUCCUGUGCUUCAAGUGGAUUUGAGGCUAAUAUCAGAUUUGGUGGUUGUAAUAGUUUCAGCAGCCAUUGCUGGGAUUGUCUUUUCUUGUUUGGGACAACCGGUUAUCGUGGGCUAUCUUCUUGCAGGCUCACUUAUUGGACCUGGCGGUUUGAAAUUUAUCAGUGAAAUGGUGCAGGUUGAGACUGUUGCACAAUUUGGUGUAGUGUUUCUUCUCUUUGCUUUAGGGCUGGAAUUUUCCCUGGCAAAGUUAAAAGCUGUGGGGGCUGUUGCUGUUCUUGGAGGACUACUUCAAAUUGUCAUUUUUAUGUUCAUGUGUGGCAUUCUUUCCAUGUUAUUUGGAGCCUCAUUGUCUGAAGGUGUUUUUGUGGGUUCCUUUCUGUCCAUGUCAUCAACAGCAGUAGUGGUGAAGUUUUUGGUGGAGCGAAAUAGUAGUAAUGCUCUUCAUGUUCAAAUUACAAUUGGGACUCUUAUUUUUCAGGAUUGUGCAGUGGGUUUACUAUUUGCUUUGCUCCCAGUUUUGGGUGGUAACAGUGGCCUUUUACAAGGAAUAAUGUCAAUGGGGAGACUGCUGCUAGUGUUGUCUUUGUACAUCACUGCUACAUCCAUAUUGUCAUGGUCAUUUGUUCCUCGGUUUCUUAAACUGAUGAUGCGGCUGUCAUCUCAGACUAAUGAACUUUAUCAGCUAGCUGCUGUUGCUUUCUGCUUGUUAUCUGCAUGGUGCAGUGAUAAGCUAGGCCUUAGUCUUGAGCUGGGUUCAUUUAUGGCUGGUGUUAUGAUUUCCACAACAGACUUCGGUCAACAUACUUUGGACCAGGUGGAACCAAUUCGUAACCUAUUUGCAGCUCUCUUUCUCUCGAGUAUUGGAAUGCUUAUACACGUGCAUUUCCUUUGGAACCAUGUGGAUAUCCUGCUGGCAUCUGUUAUUCUGGUUGUAGUUGUUAAAACUGCUGUUGUUGCUAUAGUCACCAAGGCCUUUGGUUAUAGCCUUAAGACGGCAUUUAUUGUUGGUAUCUCGCUUGCCCAAAUAGGUGAAUUUGCUUUUGUCCUCCUGAGUCGUGCUUCAAAUCUUCACCUUGUUGAGGGGAAAAUGUAUCUUCUUCUUCUAGGGACAACGGCUCUCAGUCUGGUCACAACUCCACUUUUGUUUAAAUUGAUACCUGCUGUCAUGAAUCUGGGUGUUCUCAUGCACUGGUUCCCCUCUGAAAGUACAACACAAAUUGAGGGGAAAGUAUCUGUGAAUGAAGCAAGCAGAAUGUUAUGAGUAGUCUUCGAGUUUCCAUGACAUAGAGUCAAACAGUAUAUUGGAGGCAAUUAUCUACUUUUUGGUGGCUAGAGAAAACAGGAUUUCCUUACUCUGUUUCUGUUGCAAGUCCAUGGUGAUCUUCACAUGAAACAGUCAGCAUAUUCAGUUCUUCCAUUGAUAGCUAAUGGAAGAUCUUGUGUAUAUAGGCAUAUGAUUUUUUGUAUUCAUUGAGCAAUGUAUAUAGGGAAUUGUAGGCCAUUCUUAUUGCUUACGCUAAUCCUAUCACAUCAUACGCUGAUUUCCUUAUAUAAUAGUUGCUAUGAAAUUAGAAAAGAA